CCGCCUCUCUCGCUUUCGCCCCCGGCCUCUCCUCACCCCUUCCCUUCCCCCUUCCCGUCACACUCGGGGGGCUGUGAACGAGCUGCCAUGUGAUGCGCGUCCCCCCCGCGAGCUUUCGGUGACCCCCCGAACCGCCCACCCGCGCCAGCUGCCGGGAGGCGGCUGCAGGCUGCGAAGACGCGGGGAAGAGAAGGCGGAAAAGGACGCAAAGUUCUCCCGCGAGCUCUCUGCUUCAAGAACUGAGACCUCCAGGAACAAGGAAAUUCUUCAAGAGCUGCCUCACUUUGUGACAUGUCUGAUCUCUUGCUCUCAUCUCUACAGCAUGAACAAGGUGGACUCUCACUAAUCUAUCACAAGGUUGCCCUGUCAAGCUUCGGGGUCCAUGUCUGAAUGGAUUGCUGUGGCCUCCUCAUCUCUCCCUUCAUCCAGUUCCCUGCAUCCUAAGACUCGAAGCCAGGACAGGACCUGGGAAAAUUAUAUGGUGUGAACGGCAUGUCUGUGGAUGAGAAGCCUGACUCCCCCAUGUACGUGUAUGAGUCCACAGUCCACUGCACCAACAUCCUCCUGGGCCUCAAUGACCAGCGGAAAAAGGACAUUCUAUGUGACGUGACUUUGAUCGUGGAGAGGAAGGAGUUCCGAGCCCAUCGGGCCGUGCUGGCUGCAUGCAGUGAAUACUUCUGGCAGGCUCUGGUUGGACAGACAAAAAAUGACUUGGUGGUCAGCUUGCCCGAAGAGGUCACAGCCAGGGGCUUUGGGCCGCUGUUACAGUUUGCCUACACUGCCAAGCUGUUACUCAGCAGAGAAAACAUCCGCGAGGUCAUCCGCUGUGCGGAGUUCCUGCGCAUGCACAACCUGGAGGAUUCCUGCUUCAGCUUCCUGCAGACCCAGCUCCUGAAUAGUGACGAUGGCCUCUUUGUGUGUCGAAAGGACACUGCGUGCCAGCGCCCCCAUGAGGACCACGAGAACUCUGCAGGAGAAGAGGAGGAAGAAGAGGAAGAGACCAUGGAUUCAGAGACAGCCAAGGUGGCUUGCCCCAGGGACCAGAUGCUCUCACACCCCAUCAGCUUUGAGGCCACUGCCAUCCCAGUAGCAGAGAAGGAAGAAACUUUGCUCCCUGAAUCGGACGUGCCCACAGACACCAAGGAAAACUCGGAAAAGGAUGCGUUGACACAGUACCCCAGAUACAAGAAAUACCAGCUUGCAUGUACCAAGAAUGUCUAUAAUGCAGCAUCACACAGUACCUCAGGUUUUGCAAGCACAUUCAGUGAAGAUAGCCCUGGCAACAGCCUCAAGCCAGGGCUUGCCGUGGGCCAGAUUAAAAGUGAGCCACCCAGUGAAGAGAACGAGGAAGAGAGCAUCACUCUCUGCCUAUCUGGAGAUGAGCCUGACAUCAAGGACAGAGCUGGGGAUGUGGAGAUGGAUCGCAAGCAGCCCAGCCCUGCCCCGACCCCGACCACGCCCACUGGAGCCACCUGCCUGGAUAGGGGCAGGAGCGUGUCCUCACCUUCCUGUUUAAGGUCUCUGUUCAGUAUAACAAAAGGUGUAGAGUUGUCUGGCCUGCCCAGCACAUCUCAGCAGCACUUUGCCAGGAGUUCAGCAUGCCCUUUUGACAAGGGGAUCACUCAGGGUGACCUUAAAUCUGACUACACCCCUUUCACAGGGAAUUAUGGACAGCCCCCCGUGGGCCAGAAGGAUGUGUCCAACUUCACGAUGGGGUCUCCCCUCAGGGGACCUGGGAUGGAGGCGCUCUGCAAACAAGAGGGAGAGCUAGAUCGGAAGAGUGUGAUCUUCUCCUCAAGCACUUGUGACCAAGGGAGCACCUCUGUGCAUUCCUAUUCUGGGGCAAGCAAUUUGGACAAAGACCUCUCUGAGCCGGUGCCAAAAGGUCUAUGGGUGGGAGCUGGUCAGUCCCUCCCCAGCUCACAGGCCUACUCUCACAGCGGACUGAUGGCUGACCACUUGCCAGGCAGAAUGCGGCCUAACACCAGCUGCCCCGUGCCAAUCAAAGUCUGCCCUCGCUCACCUCCCCUGGAGACCAGGACCAGGACUUCCAGCUCCUGCUCCUCCUAUUCCUAUGCAGAGGAUGGGAGCGGGGGCUCGCCCUGUAGCCUCCCUCUCUGUGAGUUCUCCUCCUCACCCUGUUCCCAGGGAGCCAGAUUCCUUGCCACAGAACAUCAGGACCCAAGCCUGAUAGGAGAUGGAAUGUACAACCAAGUCCGACCCCAGAUUAAAUGUGAGCAGUCUUACGGAACCAACUCCAGUGACGAAUCUGGAUCGUUCUCGGAAGCAGACAGUGAGUCGUGUCCCGUGCAGGACAGGGGCCAGGAGGUCAAACUUCCUUUUCCAGUGGAUCAAAUCACAGACCUUCCAAGGAAUGAUUUCCAGAUGAUGAUUAAGAUGCACAAGCUAACCUCAGAACAGCUAGAGUUCAUACAUGAUGUGCGGCGGCGCAGCAAGAACCGCAUUGCGGCUCAGCGCUGCCGCAAGAGGAAACUGGACUGUAUUCAGAAUUUAGAAUGUGAAAUCCGCAAAUUGGUGUGUGAGAAAGAGAAACUCUUGUCAGAGAGAAACCAACUGAAAGCAUGCAUGGGGGAACUGCUGGACAACUUCUCCUGCCUCUCCCAGGAAGUGUGCCGAGACAUCCAGAGCCCUGAGCAGAUCCAGGCCCUGCACCGCUAUUGCCCUGUCCUCAUACCCAUGGACCUCCCUGGAGCCUCCAGUAUUAACCCCCCUCCCUUGGGUGUUGAGCAGAGCCUUGCAGCCUCCCAGUGUGCAGUGGGGGAAAAUGUGCCCUGCUGCUUGGAGCCAGGUGUGGCUCCCCCCGGACCCCCCUGGGUACCAGGCAACACCUCUGAGAAUUGUACCUCUGGGAGGAGAUUGGAAGGUACUGACCCAGGAAACUUCUCCGACAGAGGACCUCCUCUGGAGCCCAGGAGCCAGUCGGUGACUGUGGACUUUUGCCAGGAAAUGACUGAUAAGUGUACAACGGAUGAACAGCCUAGGAAAGACUACACCUAGGAACUCAGAUCUGCCUCCCAACCUUCACACCUCUCCCAUCCAGGUGUUCUUCAGUCAGCCUGUGGCACUGUACAUCUGUUGUCUGGAAGAACCAAGAACAAAUCUGGUGCACACUACAGCGGUCUUAGCAGCAAUACUGUUCUGAAGUAUUCCCUGCUCUCUUCAAGCAGGAGUCAUAGAUAGUUCCCUUCACAAUGGUGCUACCCCUUGCUCAGGCAAGGAAAGACAACAGUGCUGACACUGUCUGUCUGUGGGUUUAUUUCAGUCUUCACAGGGAUAGACGACAACACCUCUAGGACCCCACCACGGAUUUUUUUUCUCAGUGGCCCAUGUCACAAACCCUAUCUCAGGAAUCUCUUCUGAAUGUUCAAUUUUUUUCAUUGAUGACAGCUUCUAUACACAUCAAAGUUUUAUAGCUAGACUGUACAUAGUAUAUAUAAUAUAUAUGAAAUAUAUAUCCAUAUGCAAAAGUCCUGCAUGCCUCAGUUUUUUUUUCAUCCUAAAACUGGAAACUUAUUUCUCAUUUAUAAACAGGUUCCAACAUUCCUCUUCUUUUGUCUGUAGUGCUAGAACUAGUUUGGUAACCAUCAACCUGCUCAUUUUUCUUGCUUCAUGGUUCAAUUUCAAUUUGUACUUAUUUAUGGACAAAAUUCAAUCAUGUUGGAAGCUUUUUUUUUUGUAAAGUUUAAUUCAGGCUUUUUCUCUUUGAUUUGGGUUGGGCACCACCAAAUGGUGUCAUGUGAGCAUUGUGGGUUCGUGCUUUGUAGGGGGUUGUUUUUUGUGUUGUUUUUGUUGUUGUUGUUUUCUUCUUGCAGAUACUGUACAGUAAUGGUCAAUUCUGCCACUUGCACUGAGUUUGGGGUCAAACCUAUUUUCUUAAAUGAAGUUGUAACUUCAGUGUAACUCAAGUAUACUGUAUUUUCUUUGCUUUUUAGUUAAAAAGUAAAACAGUUUAGCUAAUUAAAAAGCACUCAGGUGAUAAUUAUGUAGGAAAAAAUACAAUCUUGCCAAAUAAUGAAUCCAUCCUAGGAUAUGUAAACAAUAAUCCGCUUGAAUAUUUUUCUAUCUCACCUCCUCCCCAGCUUGCCCUAUGUAAAAUUUCACUGCAGAUCAACUCGGAGUUGAUGCUGGAGGUUCAGUUUCCUUACGGGGAGGAUUUAGAUGUCUCACUCAAGAGUACAUCACAACAGCAGGAAUCUGAGACUUUGUACCGGAACUCGACAGGCAUUGGCUCCUAGAAAUCAAGGUAGAACUAUUUCUUACCCAGGGAGUAUGUCACAUUCAUUUCAGCACUUCAUCCAGCCUUGGCUUGCUCUUGGAAGUGUUAGACAGUAGGACCUUCUCCUUUGAAGGAAGUGGCUAAUUAAAGCCACCCCACUUUCCUACCAGGAUUACCUCCCAGGACACCUACCUGAGAGGAUUUGAGUCAUGGCCUGGGUGUCCUGCCUUUAAGUGGCAGCUCCUAGGUUAAUGCAGCUUGUAAAAGUAGGAGAGAGCAGGGCAGAUUUAAGCCUGAGAUCUACCCCUGACACAGGCUAACAUAUUUCUUUCUCCUCUCUUCCUCUAAAUGCUUUGAGUUGUACUCUGAGGUUUUUCUGCUGGUCUCUUGUCUGCAGGCAGCUUCAUACUGAAGCUUUAGACAAGGCAUCAGCCCUUCUUGCACACACACACCCUACCCUCACCUGAGGGUUUGCUUCCCUUGCUGUAAAGUUGGUUGGCUUGCAACUCAGACAGAGCAGCUUUCCUGGCUCUGGGGUGUCCUGGCCCUGGCCGUGUUGACAGGAAGGUGUGCCCCAAGGAGGAAUCAGCUCUCUUCUUCCAGUGGUCCCUCUUCUCUAGUUCAGCAGC